CGCUUUCAUGUGCGCCCGACUUUACACAUACUUUUACCACUCGCAUUAUCUUGAUUCUUGAUUCACUUAUCGGUAGUGUUGGCUGGAACCAAGCGUGUAUGCGUUGUACUUUGUAAGUAGUUGCUGUUCGAAAGUCGCAACCAGUGGUCGUCGGUCGGAAAUUGGUGUUCAGAGACUGCAAUUGUUAUUGUUUGUGCAUGUGUAGUGUAACGGUAAAGCACUAGCGGAACGAGUUUGAACUUUGAGCAGAAUGCCUCGCCUCGAGCAGACACCCCCGGAGGACUUCCGCCGGGUCUUGCGCGAGAAAGCCCUGAGCCACAGUUUGUUUUACCUCAAGCUCGGCGCAGGAGUGCCCCCUGGGCAGGCGCGGGAGGCUUCGGCGAAGCUAUCGAUAUCGCGGCGAGCGAGCGACAGUACUGGCAUGCGCGCGCCAACGACCGCGCGCGUCACACGACACGCGCAGCCGCGCGUCUCCGAACUGCUCCGAAAGUUCGAGCCCGGCCCGAUGCAGUAUUUACGCAUCCCUCGCGCGUCCAGCCCUCCAGACGAUAUCAGUUCAUCCGAUGACGACGACCGAGCGGCUGUCAGACGACGCAGCCGAGACCUGAGCGACGACUCCGCCGUGGAGCUGGAGCCGAGGAGACGGCACUCGCACCCUCGCGACGUCACCCCGCCGCCGGACGUCAUGUCGCCGAGACGAGAGAGGACUCUAAUCGAAGCUCAUGUGGUGGAGCUGGGCAGACGGGGCAGCGAGGGGUGCGAGACCAGGGGCAGAUGUGUGCGGACGCCCAGCGUUGUCGUCAGUGACUAUUCCGAUGGAAUAGCUGUCGGUGCGACGGAGGAAGAGGUGGACUGGCUGAGGUCGAGGUCUCUAUCGGCGGAUUCAGCGUGUUCCUCGUGCUCGACACUGUCCAGCCGAGAUGACGAGGAGUUCGAGGCUCCUCCUACACUACCAAAGAAGAUGUUAAACGCUGAUUGAGGGCGUUGACUCCUGAGCGAUCUGCGGCGGGACUCUGGACUCGACCACUUCUGGGACCCUGGACUCCACUUCUGGGACCCUGGACUCCACUUCUGGGACCCUGGACUCCACUUCUGGGACCCUGGACUCCACUUCUGGGACUCUGGACAUCACUUCGGGGCCCCUAGAAUCGAUGCAGUAGCGGUCUAAUCUAGGACGACCUUAACAUUCCCUUGUUUUAUGAGAAACUUAACUCAAUUUUUCAUGAUUUUUUGUAAAAGUAGAAUUAAAUUAAUGAUGAUAAUUUUUAAAUCAUACACUUGCGAGCAAGCUAAAGUGAAAGGCUAGGUGUGAGUACUUAGAUUAGAUUCGCAAUUAAAUUAUUUAGAACCAUGUUUUACUAAAACCCAUUGAUUAAAACCCAUGUAAUAAAAAUGCCCUGUAUAUUCCAUAAGUUUAAAAAAUGUGAAUAAAAUAAAUAAAUAAAUUCGUUUGGUAGCCGAUAUGAAAUAAAGUUUCGGUCGUACUACAAACCUAGAGCUGAGAUACGGGACGCGAUAUUGUAUACCUAUUAUGCAAAAGACGUCAAUGUAAUCUAAGACUGGCCCGUGCCAUGGCCCGUACCUAAAUACCUGUGCCGUAAGUACCACCUAAUAUUGAAUAAUACUCUCACUUUUGAAUGAAAAGACUUCCAAAUUAACACGACGUGCCUGGUAUAAAAGUUUAUCUAUGGGACGUGUGCAUGUUUCUGCGUCAUAAAGCGGGCUACGAUUGAAGGAGUUCCGUAAACGAUCUUCGUUGGAACAAUAUGUUGUUACUAUGAAACGCCAUAUCUAGUAGAAUAUUUUCCUAUCGCUGGUAUGUGACUGUCCCGUGUCAAUUUGAAAACGUCCAAGUUUGUUGAUCCAGCUAACUACACAGCUCAGUUUGACCGAAACUUUAAACUCAGGAGUUGAGGACAGAUUUCUUAGUUAGCCCGCUAACGCUCCGCAAUGAUAUUGAUCUUAUUCUUAUGAAAAGCUUGCUUACUAUGAGUUACCUUUUACGUGUGAAAUCUCCUAAAUUAAGCGAAACAAGCAGCAUGCACGCAACUAUAUAUUCUUAUUUAUUUUUUAUUAAGUAUGUAUAAUGUUAUUGUUUACGCUUUACCACACUAAAGCAUUUGCACCCGUAUGCCUUUACGCCUGUGAAUGCGUAAGUUUGCUAAAUAUAUAAGACGCUGCCCUGGAGAUCGCACAAACAAGUGAUGCGAAUAAUUGAACAAGAUUGUAUUCUGCUGGUGGAUUACAGCAAAGUUGCAUCAAUCAUUGCGACAAUGAAUUUUAGCCAAUAGCGAGAGAGUGUCAACCAAUCAGAGGUGAUUACGAUAGCUACAGUAACUGUCAUUUUACCGUAAUUGAGCCCUGAUUGCGAGAACACAAUAUAGAAGUUACUCUAACUAGCUACUUGCUAGCUGUUGAUGUGAUCAAUUCAAAGCAACCGUCUUCGCAAGCUUGUGAGUGUCAAAUUAAGACAGCGUCUAAGUAUUCAUCAUCUAAAUACUUUUAGGUUGAAAUCUACAGAGCGCACUUGACUUUGCUUAGACUUAAGUUUCAAUUAAAAUGAGACAGAUUUAUGCCAGCGGUAUAACGCUGUCUCGUUUUAACAGUGUCUUAAGUCUGAGCAAUGUCAAAGUGCGAUCCAUAGAUCUCUGCCUUAGUGUUCCGUAGGUAUUUUAAGUGAAAAUCAGCUAUUAUACCUUUUCUGUUGAAAUAUUUUAAAUCCUAUUAAAUACGUAUAUUGAAUUUUUAAUAGGUUAUUAACCGUUUCUAAAUGUAAAAUAUUCUCGCUAUGUACUCAUAUUAAUGUGUUUUCAGAUUGCAUUUAUUUUAAUUGGCAAUUAUGAUUGUUUAUGAUUAAAAAGUCUAGUGACGCAAAUGCACGUUAAUUUAAUAAAUUAGGUAGGUAUGUUGAAUAAAUAAAUUAAUGGAAUGGUGCCGAUCUACAAUGUUGAAAAUUGGAAUAAUUAUUUAAUAUUUUUCAUUCAAAAUUUAAAUAACAGACUUGAAAAAAAAAACGUUUUAUCAAUAUUUAUAUGGUACCUAGAUAUUAUACCCUGUGAUUAUUUUAUUUUGAAAAUUUUAUAUAAUUAAAUUUAUCAAUAGAUAAGAAUCAAUAAAACGAAAUGGUUUAGCUAGAGUACAUAAUCAAAUUCCAAAAUUCAAAUUGUUUUAUUUAUUUUUGACUAGGUUUUCCGUAUGUAAAAAAAAAAGAAUCGCAUCACCUUGGCUCUGUAUUAUGUCUGUCUUUCACAGGUAAUUUUUAGUUGUCUUAUCUAUGUCUUUAGUUAUCUGUAAACACCAAUAAAUUAUUCUCAAUUUUUUUUAUACGUAUGCUUACCUACCUAGCAUCUACUAGGAAAAUGUAUUUCCCAAAUAUUCCGAGUUAAGUAAUUAUUGAUUAGCUAAGUAAUCAUAUUGUUAAGAAUAUUCCUUAUAAAUUAUUAAUUAUUUUUUUCCCCAUUUAGAAAUAAUUUUAACAAUCAAGAAUAACAGAAUAGUAACAUAUCAUUAAUUUUGUAGAAAAAAAAAUAUGUAAACAAUAGUUCUCAGAUUUUAUAAAUAUUCUUAAACUGAUUUGAUUCCGAAUGUUUCAGAUUUUUGAAAUAUUGCAACAUUUGAUAAUUUUAAUUCCAAAAGAAUUAAAUCUGUCAAAUUUAUACUGAGAUUACAAUAUUUAUUUAUUUAUUUAUGUCCACAGUAUUAUUUUAAAUGUAGCAAUAAUAUACCAAAAGUUUAUCUUGCCUUAGUUAAUUAAAGUUAAGCUUUAUUUACAGUUAUCAAAUUAUAUUUAUUUAUAGGUUUUUAAUUUAAAAUUAACAUAAAGUUAUGUUAAUUUCCAUCUAAUCAAGACUUUGUAAUCGCUCUAAUGAAUUUGACGUCAUAACGUAACUACGUCGCAGGAGUAGGUAUUAUUAGCUUUUAUGUUAUCACAUAAAAUACUAUGUCGGCAGUGUUUCGAUUUGAUAAUGACUUGUUGAGAAUUAAUUCGAAUACGUGGCAGUUGGUUAGUUAGCUUAUAAAAUUAUACAUUUUGUGAAAUGGAUAAAAGUGCAGAAAACCUGAAAAGUUCGUUUCUCGAAUCAAUAUCGAGACAAGCAUUUUUAAGCUUAUGAACAUAAUAUUAUUUUGUAUAAAUAUUGCAUGUAAAGUACAUAGGGUAGUAAGAUAUGUUUCAACCCUUAGCCAAGCUAGUAUAAAUCAUAGUAAAAUCAUCAGCUAAUGAUGACUUUACAGAGUUGCAAAAAGUUGUGCUUGCUUUCCUUCGAAUGUCAAUAGUUUCCCCUUUUACGAUCAAAACUAUGUUUUUUAAAAGAAAUAAGUAUAAUUUAAGUGCCUACUACUUACAACUUAUUCUGUUUUUUUUCUCUUAAAUAUAAUAUAAUAUACAUGCGAUAUUAUAAUUAAUCAUUCCGGAGUAAGUAGGUAGGUAUAAGAAGUGGAUAUUAAAUUAGCAUAUUGUGCGUAAGAUGAAUAAAUUUUAUUAAUCGUU